AUGGCAUACUACAUACCUCUAGUCCCUCCGCGAGAUUGUAUCUACAACAACGGAAACCUCCAACUGCAUUCCGUACACCGAGAUGAGUUCGUAACCAGCAUCGCGCUUACUGAGUGGGAUGAAGGGGUGAACGUUAAGGGCUACGGGCGAUCCAGAACGUACGCGAGCGCGAGAGACGGCCGUCACAAACGGACACGCGCCCCUCCCGCCUCCUGUGUAAGGCGCGUGGAGCACCCUUUCCCCGCUAUCCUCCACCUCGCCCUGGAUCCCCGCGGAGAGCCUUGCGGCCUUCUGCGCGGAGCCUCUACGCUGGCGCCUUCUGUGCCACCGGUUCGCGGUGCGCCGAAGGUGGAGUACGACACGGCGGAGGCUGACUUGUCCUAG